UUCGAAGGUCGCCGAGGCGCACUUCGACGCCGGGGAACAGCUGAACAUCGCGAAGAGGGACACCAGGAACGACUGACUGUUUUGCAUAUGCGUGACUGUUUACUGGCGCUUUCAAGUUCGAAAGUAUCUGACAUGGUUAAGUGAUGAGUUUGCGGUUUGGGCUGAUUUCGGUGGAUUUCAGACAGCGGAAAUAAUGGUUUAUAAGUGAAAUGUGAUAGUGCAGUGGGAGAAAAUGACAGUUUUAUUGUCCUUUCAGGCGUAUUUUAUGAUUUUCUCUAUUUUUGUUCAAGAUAUACUCAGUUUAAAAAAUGUCCUUCUGACAAUCGAGCCCAAUGUAGUGCAGCGCUUCAAUCAUUCUACGCUUCACUGUUCCUACGAUUUAGAAAAAGACAUUUUAUAUUCAGUAAAGUGGUAUAGGGGGCGUUAUGAAUUCUACAGGUAUACCCCUAGUGAAUACCCCAAUAUAAAGACAUUUGCUGUCAAAGGUAUCAAUGUCGACGAAAAGAAUUCGAAUUCGACACAAGUUUUAUUGAGAGAUAUUGACUUUAAUAUCUCUGGAAACUUCAGCUGUGAAGUUACUACCGAUGCUCCAUUUUCUACAGGGUUCGAUCGAAAGACCAUGGUAGUUGUACAGAUUCCCGAGUUUCCUCCCACGAUUAGUGUCGAAGGAGAGCCUCUAGAUUUCAAGAAACCGCUGAAAGCAAACUGCUCAUGUUCCCCGUCAAAACCAAAGGCGGUCCUAAUGUUGCUGUUAAAUAAUUUAACGGUAGCGAAAACUGAACCUCAUUCCUCAAAUAAAUUUAAUGAGAUGCCGUCAUGGAGUGAUCUCGCGCUCAGCAUGACACUUGCUGAAGAACACUUUGACGGUGGUAGAUUAAUAUUGCGAUGUAUAGCAGAAAUAGGAGAUAUCUACCGCGAAGAGGCUGUGCUCAAAUUACGUAGUUUGCGUGAACCCGUCCCCGAAAGAGUGAGCGCUUACAGCGUUGCCGCGUUAUGCGUCUACUCACGCCCGCUGCUGCAAAUAAUUGCUCUCAUUUCAAUUACGUCAAUGUUAAGUUAAGUUUAAAUAAUUUACAGUUCAUGUAAGUACUUGUACUAACUAAUAUAUUUUCAUUUAAAUAAGGAUGUAAAAAUUAAUUAUCGUUAAGAGAAAAAUUAUUGUUAUCUGUUGUUUACGCAAUAUAUUUACACCAACAA